UAACAACUGACUUCAUACAGAACUCUGUAGAACACAACAGCUAGCGUUAGUUCUCGUUGUUGAUCAAUAAAAUGAACUGUUAGUCGCGUGUAUAUGCUUUAAAAUUGUCAUUACGUUCCUCACAUGCUGAUCAAUUAAGGCUUUUUUCAAGAUAACAUCCGGGCGGGACUUAAUCCUUCAACGCAAUGGCGUCUCAGCUCUUAAUGAAGUUCACAAGGUGUGGGGACAUAUCAAAUCCCAAGCAAUUACUGAUGGAUUUGUCACGCCUGGCGUCCCAACACUUGAAUGUAAAGAUUCCACUGACGAACCCUCAUGGUAGUAGUUGGAGAAUAGGAGGCUUAGAGGACACCAUCUACUCUGACAACCCUCAGGAGGUAGAGGAAUGGGGGAAAUUCUACCUGCCAGAGUAUGUGAAGAUGGAGGUCCUGGGAACUGUGGAGGACAUGCCCUGCCAGGGCACCCAGCUGGUCAUCGUGGUGGGUGAAGACGGGCACAUAUAUGGGCAUGAUGAUCAGACCCUGCACCUUGUCGCCAGUAGUAUAACGGAGCUGUGUACCUCUGGGAUUCAGUACCCCGGCAUCAAGACAUUCUACAGAGGGGAGUGCUUCAAGAACAUGACGAAAAAGGACUGGGCAGCUGUGAGGAAGGGCAGUGUGGGAAGACAACUGGAUCAGGACCACAAAGCUUUAGUGAGCUCAGCCAAGUCUGGCAUCAAGCAGCGUCUGGCUGAGAUCAAGAGGCAGCGCCAAGGGGUUGUCUACUCGUUUCAAAAAAUACCACCAGGACGUCCUAUGAUGUAGGAAAACAAACCAUGGCAGAUGACAUCACAGUCUUUUCUAUGACAUUGACUCUCCAAGAAGACACGUUAUUCCUGCUAAUCCUCCGACUCACUUAUGACUGAUGUAGCUACUCAAUAGCUAUCAAUGGCCUUGUAUCCUAGCCUCUUGUAUCUUGUUAUUCUGAUCACAUGCCAAGUAGAAGGGAUCGGGUUGGUCCAGACUUUGAAGCACACGCACUGUGGAAUGGGCCACUGUUCUAUUAAAGUAACUGAUCUUUUAAAGCUCAGAUAUGUUGUAUUUUAUGUAUAUGCCUCCAUUAUUGGACUGCGUCACGCUAUCUGUCCCUUAUGCUCGUACGGAUAUUGGAAAGAGGGCUUUUGUGUACACCGCACCCUCAGCAUGGAAUAUGUUGCAAAAUGUCUUGAAACUAAAGGAAUUAAUCUCGCUAAAUGAUUUUAAAUUAAAAAUGAAAGAACUAGAGACAGAUUCCUUAAUAUGUAAAUGUUUUUAAUGUACCUGGCUACGACAUUAACUCAUAAAUGUUGUCUCCUUUUGUGUUUCUGUCUGUAACUGUGUUUGUAUGUAUGCUGCUGCCUGUCUUGGCCAGGUCUCCCUUGAAAAAUAGAUUCUUAAUCUCAAUGGGUCUCCUGGUUAAAUAAAGGUAAUAUUAUAUACAUUAUAUUAUUAAUAAUCAAUAAAUAAACUACUGCUCAUGCUGCAGUUCACUUACAGUA